AUGCGAUGUUGUGAAAUAUGUCAUGUCGGUGCGUCCCCCGGCAAUCCGUCACUCGACGCCGAACGCAUCAUCGGCGUCAUCAUCGGCAACGGCAGCGGCGUCAGCACAGCGUCCUUAGUCCUGAAUUCCAUGCACAAAUAUCAACCAAGGAUACAUCUGGUUAAAAGGCAAGACGGUGCGUCAGGUCCCAUCGUUGAUCUUGAAAGUGAAGAAUAUAAAACCUUUAUUUUUCCUGAAACAGUAUUUACUGCAGUAACUGCCUACCAAAAUCAGCUGAUUACCAAAUUAAAAAUCGACAGUAAUCCAUUUGCCAAAGGAUUUAGGGAUUCUUCAAGGUUAACGGAAUUUGAAAGAGAAACUAUGGAAUCGAUGUUAAACGGGCAGAAUUAUCUUUCGUCACCGUUGCGACCAUUCGUCGACUUGGAUCCUCACAAUAACAAUCUCUCUCUCGAAGAGAAAGCCAUAAUGGCAGCGCGUUCACAAAUUUUCCUUCGAGCUGCAGCAGCAGCCGCGGGUCCUUAUGGUUCUUUAAUGGGAGGCCUGUACGGUGCUGGGGCAUCGCAAACUACCGCUGUUUCACCCGGGGUCCUCUGGAGUCAGUGGGCAUGUUUAGGGCCUUCAUUACUCGCUGCCCAACACCAACAUCAGUUGGCCAUGGCAACUGCUGGUAGUUCACAAUUAACGUCACCUUUGUCACCUUUAGCCCGACCGUUAGCUCAACACAGGUUUUCCCCGUACGCUCCCCUUCCGCGUUCAUCGCCCGAGAACAGUUUAAGAGACGAACGGGGAUCGCCAAACAGUCCCCCGUAGUGGUUUUUUAUCUAAGAUCUCUUAGUCAUGUGAUACUUCUUUUAAUCGCGACAAUGAAGCACCGUAAUGACGAUUUACCUAACGAACAUAGUUACUGUAAUAGUGCGUGAUGAAUAAAGUGAUUCUAGUGACACCAUGAAGUGAGGAUAGAUAUCUAGAAAAAAGUACAAAACGAUUUAGUUAAGUGGAAACGUGCGGAAAUGUAUACCAUAUAAAAUUUUUACGUACUAAAAUGUGGAAUGAUAGGUAGCAAUGCACUUACAUGUAUGUAAACGUAUGGACAUUUAAAUUGCAAAAAACAGGUUAACACUACGCCAGCUGUACCCGUAUGACAUUGUGGCUGUUAGUUUUGGUUCAAAUUUUAACUUUUGUUCUAAACCUAAAGUAUUAAUGAGAUACUUCGAAUUUUUAUAAAGGUGAAUUAAUUUUCGAACUAAUUUUACCAACUACAAAUAACCUCAAACUAAUGAGGAAAAAUUGUUGUUUCUGUCACUCCGUUGCCGGAAAUCAAAUCCAAUCUCCUGAUUUUACGCGUCAGUACUCUACUACUAAGGUACAAUAAGGUACAGUCCAUUUCAAUUUGUUAGAAUUGUGACUUUGAAGAAAUCUGCGCGAAGAUAGAAAGAAUACACACUAGG